AUGUGGACGGCUUGGUGUGUGGCUGCUCUGUCUGUGACCGCUGUGUGUGGCGUGCACCAAGAAACAACCACAGUCCUCAGGGUUACCAAAGAUGUGUUGAGCAAUGCCAUCUCCGGCACCCUGCAGCGGAGCGGUGCCCUCCACUCGGCCCUGGGAGAGGUGCCCGCGGGGAAAGUGCGUGUUGGUGGUGUUCCUUACAAUGAUUUCCAUGUUCGAAAUGUUCCCCCAAAAUAUCCAAAUGGCCACCAGCUUGGCGGUAAUUACAAGUACGGUCGCAUCGAAACCAAUGACAACACCGCUCAGCUGGGGGGCAAAUACCGGUACGGUGAAAUCCUCGAGCCUGAUGGAAACGUAAGAGACCUCCGACGUGUUGACUACCGCAGUGCUGAGAGGGCACAUGGUGGCCCCAGGGACCUGCGGACGUAUAAGUCGGCCGAAGAUGUGGCAACUGUGGGCAGGCUUCACCGGCGAGAACUGCGGCCAGGAGAGAUCCCCCCUGGGGUAGCCACUGGGGCCCUGGGCCCAGGUGGUUUGCUGGGCACUGGUGGCAUGCUGGCAGCUGAUGGCAUCCUGUCGGGCCAAGGUGGCCUGCUCGGCGGAGGUGGUCUUCUUGGUGACGGAGGACUUCUCGGAGGAGGGGGCGUCUUGGGCGUGCUCGGCGAGGGCGGCAUCCUGAGCACUGUGCAGGGCAUCACGGGGCUGCGGAUUGUGGAGCUGACCCUCCCUCGGGUGUCCGUCCGGCUCCUGCCCGGCGUGGGCGUCUACCUGAGCUUGUACACCCGUGUGGCCAUCAACGGGAAGAGUCUCAUUGGCUUCUUGGACAUCUCCGUGGAGGUGAACAUUACGGCCAAGGUCCGGCUGACCAUGGACCGCACAGGCUACCCUAGGCUGGUCAUCGAAAGAUGUGACACCCUCCUGGGGGGUAUCAAAGUCAAACUGCUGCGAGGGCUUCUCCCCAACCUCGUGGACAACUUAGUGAACCGAGUCCUGGCCAAUGUCCUCCCUGACCUGCUCUGCCCCAUCGUGGACGUCGUGCUGGGUCUUGUCAACGACCAGCUGGGUCUCGUGGACUCUCUGGUUCCUCUGGGGAUACUGGGAAGCAUCCAGUACACCUUCUCCAGCCUUCCGCUUGUGACUGGGGAAUUCCUGGAGCUGGACCUCAAUACUCUGGUUGGGGAAGUUGGAGGGGGACUUGUUGACUACCCCCUGGGGCGUCCAGCCAUGACUCCCAGGCAAAAGAUGCCAGAAUUGCCCCCCAUGGGCGACAACACCAACUCCCAACUGGCCAUUUCUGCUAACUUCCUGGGCUCGGUGCUGACUCUCCUGCAGAAGCAAGGGGCACUGGAUAUUGACAUCACUAAUGGCAUGUUUGAAGAGCUUCCUCCACUUACGACAUCCACGCUGGGAGCCCUGAUUCCCAAGGUGUUCCAGCAGUACCCCGAGUCCCAGCCACUCACCAUCAGGAUCCAGGUGCCGAACCCACCUUCAGUGACACUGCAGAAGGACAAAGCGCUGGUAAAGGUGUUUGCCACCUCUGAGAUUGUGGUGUCCCAACCCAAUGACGUCGAGACCACUAUCUGCCUCCUCGAUGUGGACACAGAUCUGCUGGCCAUGUUUUCUGUGGAGGGCGAUAAGCUCAUGAUUGACGCCAAGCUGGACAAGACCAGCCUCAACCUCAGAACCUCAAAUGUGGGCAAUUUUGAUGUUGGCCUCAUGGAGGUGCUGGUCGGGAAGAUUUUCGACCUGGCGUUUAUGCCCGCGAUGAACGCUGUGCUGGGCUCCGGUGUUCCUCUCCCCAAAAUCCUCAACAUUGACUUCAGCAAUGCAGACAUUGACGUCUUGGAGGACCUGCUGGUGCUGAGCGCCUGAGCGACAGGAGG